AUGUUCCGGUCUUAUCAACGAACUACACACGCUCGUGAUCGUUCGCGACUACGAUUACUAUUGACUCUACUGUACUUAGUAGUAAUCGCUAACUCGGCGGCUGCGCAGCAAAAUGUUACACUUGAUGAUACGGAUUUGUUCAUCUUGUAUGCUCCCGCUACAUCAUGGCACGCAAGUACGGUAGAAUGCGACACAUGUCUUGCUCCACCGAGUACGUUGGCGCAUAGCGGAACAUGGCACGAUGGUACCCAUAUCGUGCCUACCACCGAUGAGGACGAUGAAGGUACCGUGGGAGACCAAGACGGGGAUGGCAAGAGCACAUCCGCAUCUCCGCAGUCGACGACUAGUACUUCAGCACCACCACCGCCGCCACCCCCCACAGCGUCAAGUGUACAGCCAGCACAGACGAAUGCAGCUCAGGACAAUGACGACGACGAUCAUGAUGGUGAUGACGGUGAUAAAGGUGGUGGAAAGGGUGGAGGAUCGGGAAAGGAUGGAGACGGAAAGAGGCGAUUGAGACGAUUUAACCGAUCUGUAAAAUCAAGAUGGUUGACUGCCAGCAGUCUUGAAACUAAACGCGAUGGAGAGAAUCCCUUCGAGGUCCAGAGCUCGGAUUCCGAUGACCCGGGAUUCCAAGACGUUCCCGUUACUGCAAGUCUAAACUUCACUGGCACGGCGAUAUACAUAUUCGCGGUUUUGCCUCUGUUCCCGGCUCCGCCAAAUACUACGCCUACGUUUACGAACUUGAGUUUCACUUUGGAUGGCUCGCCGCAUGGCUCGUUUACCUUCCGGCCAGAUCCUACAGCAACAGGGACCCCAACGGUAAACAGCUCAGCAUCCGAUAAAUUCCAGUCAAACGUGAAUGUAUUCAGCGUCGCGGGUCUGGAAGAUACAGCCCAUUCACUCAUCGUAAAUGUUGGUGUGGAUAGCGUGUUCUUACUUGACUAUGUGAUGUACACGGCAGGGGCGUCCGAUCCCACGAUUCCCGGUGGUAGUGUCACUACCGAUGCGCCGGAUAGCCAGCGCACAGCCGGUUCCGCUACGAACGCUGAGGACUGCAUGUCCUAUGAUUGGCCGUCGAUCAUGUGCUUUCCUUUUUGGGAUUACUUUCGGUUUGAAGAAGUGAUUUGGGGACGCCUCAAUCUCGGAAAGUAG